AUGACUUUUGAAAGCCUUGAUCAUUCUUAUGCUUUUUAUCUUAAAUACGCAACGGCUGAAGGUUUUGCUGUCAGGAAAGGGACUGAAAAGAUAAACGCCAAGAAAGAAAAACAUAUAAAGUAUUAUAUGUGUAUGAAAUCUAGCUUAUACAAGAAUAAAAAGGUUGAUAAAUUGGACCCGAAGCAGAAGGAAAGGAGUGUGAGAUCUAAUUUUUAUAAGAGGACUGGUUAUGGAGCAAAAAUUUGUAUUGAGUUUGAGGCUGGAUUUUGGAAGUUGUAUAAGUUUGUUGAAGAGCACAAGCACGAAUUUGUUGAUCAACCAGAUAAGCAUUUCUUACCAUCUGAAUGA